AUGGGUAUCGAUCUCAUGAUCUCGUUGCGCAUCCUGCAGGGCCUGCUAGCUCUGACAGUAUUGGCCACGUCGGCAUAUGUGGUUGAGUGGUACUUCCGAGCGACCCGGUUCGCGGCGCCAUCGGAAUUCACCUUCCUCAUCUUCGCACCGACCUGGACGCUGGUUUCCCUCGCAUACCUCGAGCUCACACCGCGAUUCGUCCCGCGGGCGUCGCAUCCGUACGCCGCCCUGGCCUUCGAGUUCCUCAACACCAUCUUCUACUUCGCGGGGUUCAUCGCCCUCGCCGUCUUCCUCGGCCGCGUCGUCUUCUGCCGGGGCGCUGAAUGCAUCGCUGCGCGCAUCGCCGUCGUCGCUGCGUCCGUGGAAUUCGUCCUGUGGUCCGUCACGUUCGGCCUCAUGGCCAAGUAUGUGUUCAAGGGCGGGCUACAGAGGAAGCCGUCGCCGUAUGCUGUGCAGGCGCGCCCUCCUAUGCGGGAAGCGGAGUCGGCGUGAUCCUGGUGUAGUUUUAAUUUGGGGGUGCUGAUUUUGGGGAGUCGAAUGUAUAUGGCUUUAAAACGGGCAUAGGAGUACGGGUUUUGGAGGCCGUCCUCGGAGAGGCUAAAUCCGCUAGCGAUUUUUUUUUUUUUUAUUGUUUUCACUUUUUUUUCCC